AUGUUCCAGGAGGACUGGAAUAGAGACGUGGAGGAUGAGGCAUCAUCAAUCCUCCCACUCUUUGAGCAGGCUAUGUUCUCUGGAAGACAAAAUGGUCCCUUGUCUGACUUCCAGACAGGUGAAGGUCUGAGUGUAGGCUCAUUCGGUACUGCUGAAAAUCAGAAUAGACAUUCUGAGCCAGUGAGUAGAUUUGGUAAUGGAAGGAAUUUUGGAAACAGAGGUUUUCAAGAAAUGAACAUGGUAGAAGAUUCUUCUACACCAAAUAGAGGUUUUGCAGGACUUCCUUAUGGGUUUGGACAAAGUGAGAGUAUUAGAGAUGAGCAAAGAGACACACCUCAGUGUGGCAAUUUUGGUGGCUCUAGAAGAAGAGCAUUUGAAGGUUCUGCAGCAAUUAAUGUCGGAGUUCUUUCCUUAGCAGUACCUUACAAAGACAAUGAAGAAAAAGGUUCUGAAAGAGUUUUAAGUUUUCAUUAUAUUGCUCAUGAACUUGAAUGGCUGUGUUUUCAAGGUCCGAAGGUGACUUACGUGCCACCUCCUCCUCCCGAUGAUGAAAAUGCCAUCUUUGCACAUUAUAAGACAGGAAUUAAUUUUGACAAGUAUGAUGAAAAUGUUGUUGAAGUGUCAGGACUUAAUGCUCCAGCACCAUUACUGAAUUUUGAAGAAGCUAAUUUCUGUCAGACUUUAAAGAGGAACAUUGCUAAAUCUGGAUACUCUAAACUUACUCCAGUGCAGAAGUACAGCAUUCCAGUUAUACUGUCAGGACGAGAUUUAAUGGCAUGUGCUCAAACAGGAUCGGGAAAGACUGCAGCUUUCCUUCUACCAAUUGUGUCUGUCAUGAUGAGAGAUGGUGUAACUGCCAGUAGCUUUAAAGAGCAGCAAGAACCAGAAUGUAUUAUUGUCGCCCCAACUAGAGAACUGAUAAAUCAGAUCUUCCUAGAAGCAAGGAAGUUUGUGUAUGGAACUUCUAUAAGGCCUGUUGUGAUGUAUGGUGGUACACAAACAGGCCAUUCAAUUCGUCAGGUAAUGCAAGGCUGUAAUAUACUAUGUGCCACUCCAGGAAGGCUUCUGGACAUCAUAGAAAGAGAGAAGAUUGGUUUGCAGAAUGUGAAAUACUUGGUACUAGAUGAAGCAGAUCGCAUGCUUGAUAUGGGAUUUGGCUUAGCUAUGAAGAAAUUGGUUUCUUACCCAAGCAUGCCACCCAAAGAUGAACGCCAGACACUCUUGUUCAGUGCUACAUUUCCUGUAGAAGUUCAGAGGCUGGCUGGUGAAUUUUUGAAAGCUAAUUAUUUAUUUGUUGUUGUUGGACUUGUGGGUGGAGCUUGCAGUGAUGUUCAGCAAAAUAUUCUUCAAGUUCCUGAGUAUUCCAAGAGAGAUAAGCUCAUAGAAAUUCUACAAAGCAUAGGUCAUGAACGAACCAUGGUGUUUGUGAGCAAAAAGAAAAAAGCAGACUACAUUGCAGCCUUUCUUUGUCAAGAAAAAAUAGCAGCCACUAGCAUCCAUGGAGAUAGAGAACAGAGAGAGAGAGAAAUAGCUCUUCAGGAUUUUCGUUCUGGAAAGAGUCCAGUUCUUGUGGCAACUUCAGUGGCAGCAAGAGGUCUAGAUAUUGAAAACGUUCAACAUGUUAUUAAUUUUGAUCUUCCUUCCACCAUUGAAGAGUAUGUACACCGAAUUGGACGAACUGGUCGCUGUGGAAAUAUAGGCAAAGCAGUUUGCUUCUUUGAUAGUACUUCAGAUUGCCAUCUUGCACAACCUCUAGUGAAGGUGCUUUCAGAUGCCCAUCAGGAAGUUCCUGGUUGGUUGGAAGAAAUUGCUUUUGGUUUUCAAGAAGGAGUCUUUACACCAGUUAAUACACAAAAGAACUACAGAAGAGGAGGCAAUGUGAACCCAGGAAAAAAGAAGUGUUCUGCAAGUGCAUUGGAGUCAUGGGGUUAA